CACUCUCUCUCUCUCUCUCUCUCUCUCUCUCUCCCCGAACCUACCUUAUAAACCAGAUCAAACCCUACCAUUCUCUCUUUAUUCAGCCAUUCAUAAACCUCACUCUCUCUCUUUCUAUCUUUUUUCUCUUCUUUAAGUUCUGUUGAUGAAGAGCUUACACUUAUAAUUAAUCCAUGGAGAGCAAGGAAGCUAAGGAUAUUGUCGGAGCCUCAUCAUUUCCUGAUCAUCUAUCAAGUAGUUUUCCGUUACAAGGCAUAUUUGACUUCUAUGAGGGAGAUAAGAACUCAUUAGGGUUUAUGGAGCUACUGGGUAUUCAGGACUUUGGUUCUUCCUCAUUUGAUACAGAUACGGUACCUUUACCGUCCACGGUACCAUCCUCAUCUCCUAAUCCAACUCUUGUUAAUAAGGUGGAAUCUUCCGAGUUGUUGAAUCAACCUGCCACCCCUAACUCUUCCUCUAUUUCAUCGGCAUCGAGUGAGGCUGCGAAUGAUGAACAAUUAAAAGUGGAAGAACAGGAAGAAGAUCAACAAAAGUCCAAAAAACUGUUGAAACCCAAGAAGACAAAUCAGAAACGACAGAGGGAGCCGAGAUUCGCGUUCAUGACAAAGAGCGAGGUUGAUCAUCUGGAAGAUGGAUACAGAUGGAGAAAGUACGGUCAAAAAGCUGUGAAGGACAGCCCCUUUCCUAGGAGUUACUAUCGUUGCACCAGCGCAUCGUGUAAUGUGAAGAAAAGAGUAGAGAGAUCUUUUAGUGAUCCAAGCAUUGUGGUGACGACUUAUGAGGGGCAACAUUCCCAUCCAAGCCCGCUCUUACCGCGUCCAAGCCUUGUCGGAGUUCCUCCGGGGAACGGUACUACCUUUGGUAUGCCAAUGCAGGGAGCAUUAUCUAAUUAUCAACAUCUUCAACAAUCCUUUCUUAAUAACUUCUUACCUAUGAAUUUCGGUUGUAAUGGUCCCUCAACAAAUGCUGCUGCUUUUCUUCAUGAUCGGCGUCUAUGCGGCGUCCCUGGGCCUUCCUUGCUCAAAGAUCAUGGGCUUCUUCAGGACAUUCUCCCUUCACAUAUGCUAAAGGAAGAUUAAUUAGAUGAUUAGUAUAUUAUUACUGCUAUGUAGUUCUCUUACUGACUUUUUUAUAAGGUGUAGAUUGUAAUCCAAUAGCCAAUGUGUGUAAUCUUCUGGUUGAAAGCAAAGCAUAGCUCAUCUUUUUUACGAAGGAACUCACUGCACCUUAUUCUCAAACCCUUAAGAAUAUCUUUGUAACAAGUGGUUUUUGAUUUUAUGCA